AUGGAACUUGAGCACCGUGCUUAUUUGGCUAUUCAAACACUCAACAUGCAUUUUCAACUUGCAGGAGAAAAGAGAAUGUUGCAGUUAAAUGAAUUAAAAGAGAUGCGCUUAUUCUCUUAUGAAAAUGCCAAACUUUACAAGGAGAAAACAAAAAGGUGGCAUGACAAGCAUAUUCAGCCAAGGGUGUUCGAAGAAGGCAAGCUCAAGACAAGAUGGUCGGGCCCAUUCUUGGUGGUUAAGGUGUAUCCUUAUGGAGCAGUGGAAUUGCAUGAAGAAGGCUCCGGAAGGGAAUUCAAGGUUAAUGGCCAAAGGAUCAAGCAUUAUUGGGGAGGUGAGGUUGAGCGAAACAAGUGCUUAAUCUCUUUGGAUGAUCCUUGA